AUGAUUAUUUAUAAGGGAUUUAAAACAGAAUAUAGAUUCGGAUAUCAUUAACCACCUUAAAUUUCAAUUUAUCAUUUACAUUAUCAUGCCUUUGUUUUACCUUUUAGAAAUUAAUUUUAUGAUAUAAUUAAAUAUGGCAAAAUAAUCCUCAUUAUAGAGCCCGUCGAAAAAAUAUAAGCUAACUUUUUUUGUAUUAAAGAAGAAGGAGGAAAAAUAGGAAGACACUCCACAAAUUAAAUAUUGAUUUUGGAAGAAUCUAUAUCUCGAUUUCAUGCUGAAAUUGUUUUUAUAGAUUAGUAGUUCUAUAUUAAAGACGUAGGGUCAACUACAGGUUCUUUUAUUAAAAUUAAAGACAAAGUUAACCUUAAAGUUGGGAUGAUUAUCGAAUUGGGAUCUAAUUAAUUUGAAAUAAUUAAAGCUAAAGAUGGGCUAUUAUAACUUCUUAUUAUUGAAGGGAUUAAUGUUUCUUAAUAUCCUUAUGAAAUCUUGGUUAAGAUUAAGUAAAGAAUAAUAAUAAAGCUCUGA